CGUCAAGAAGCUUGACAUAAGGAUCUCAUGACCACUGGCACCAGGCCUAAGGCCUAAGGAGGGAACUCCUCACGGACAUUCCCACUCUUACGGUAGCCGCAGGAAGUUGGCCCGCCGCUGGAACUCAACGCGUACGCAUUGUGUAUCAAACCGUCAUCGCGGCAUACUAGUACCAGCUAACCUCUGUCGUCCGCAGUCCGCGCUGUAGCGAUCACUCGAGAUGAAUACCGAUUGGCUUCCACUUUCGAUGAUGCCCAAAACGGCCUUGCCUGUAUGCUUGCCACAAGCUCUGCUCGACGAUCUCAAACUCCAAGUCGAUCCAGAUUUCUACUCCGAGCUUUCCGUGGUCUACGGCAGGGCCGCCAGGGUGUCCCCUAUGCGUCACUUGAUACUACGACACUACGUUCUCGCACUGGGGGAUGCGUAUACGACAAUCGACGAAACAUGGGCUGGUCACAACGACAACGACUGGUCCCUCCCGCAGAUCAUGCCAAAUGGGUGCGGGAGCACACACCUCCAACUCGCCGUGCGGCUCUAUGACGUGCCAUUCGUAUACGAAUGCAUCCGUCUAGGUGCCGACGUCAACCACUCGGACGUCAAGGGGCGGACACCGCUGUUCUGCGCCAUGAACGAGUUGCUUGGGUUUUCGCUAGACCUGGCCACGCGACAGCUGCGCCACAAUGGCACCGAGGACGAAAGCCUCACCGUAUCCACUAUUUCUCGGUUGCGACACGUGGCGCAGAUCCUAGUCGAGCAGCACGCCGAUGUCAAUCUCGUCCCUUACGAGAGCCCGGUGCUCUCGCCGUUUGUCAUGGCUCGGGCAGCUCUAGACUUAGAACUACUCGAGUUGCUGGCGCUCCAUGGGGCCGCUGCUGGACUUGAUAGGGCCUUCCUCGAAGGCCCGCCUUCCCAGCUUGACACUUGGGUUGCCGAUCCCUCGAGAGCAUCAGCUUGCACAGAGCUAAUGGCGCGUCUGGCAUCGAGAACGGAACUACCAGCGCGACCACCGCGUAAAUGCCCAUGCUUCUCGGGGAAGUCACUCUCCGAAUGUCAUGAAACGGGCGAUCACCCAUAUCCUCCUACGUUCGCAUGCAUCUGCAGGUCGGCGAAGACAUAUGCAAACUGCUGCAAGCUCAGAAAUAUCGAGCUGGUGGAGAGAUGGGACGAGGAGCGGGGGCGUAUGAAAGUCACCCAGCGCAUGAUGGAAGCCGACGGACAUACGGCUACCUACAUACCCUUUUCCACUGUGAACACGCUGAUGUCCGCGAAAUGGCCGGACACGGGAAAGAAGAAGUCGUCCGAGCUCGUGCUCAUGGCCAUCGAGCAUAACGAUACCGAAAGCGAAGUGAAAGCUGACCCGGCUUUCCGGUAUGUGGCGACUCAGCUUGAAUAUCUGCCUAUGCCCGAGGGAUCGGAAUGGUAUCCAAAGGAUUUGGGCAAGUUUAUCAGCACCGGUUGGAAUAGUUGUGUCGACAAGUACAUCGCAUCCGGCCAAGACACUCGGAGUGUACCCACGAUCGAACGGGCCGCCAAGCUGGAUCCCUUUUUCCUGCCCUCUGGAAGAGAUGUGAAGCGUCCAGGUGUACAACGACAGAGCGUCCGGGGCUCAAGAUGAAGCGCUGUCACGGGUGUCAGAAGGUUCGCAGUUUUUGUGGAUGUCUGGUUCUACCUUAGCUCAUCUGGUAG